AUGGGUGGACUCAUGUACAACCUACUCUUCAUAGCCCAAAUGGUUGCACAUAUUUCGAUUCUACUCGAAUCGUUCUUUAUGGACUCCAAACGGGAGGAAACAACAAAGAUUUACAAGGAGUUUGAAAAGCGUUUCAAUAAAGAAUUUGGUCGUAAGCACGCCUAUAGCGAUUUCAGUAGUGAGAGUUGCCUUUCAUCAAUACUCAGCGUGCUUAUUAUAAUGGUUAAUGUUUCGUUUAAAAUAUACUCGUUUUAUAUAUAUCGGUUGACGCUGAAGAAUACCUUAUUUGUUUGGCAUACCUUACCGAAUGCCUUGGCGGUGCAAUUUCGCAUUUUAGAACUUAUAUUAUCCACAACGGUGCUGAAUGAAUAUGCCAUUAUAUUGUGUAGCAAACUCAAUGAAAUGGGUGAACGAAAUAUAAGUCGUGUCUUUGGCCACUAUCUACGCGGUUUGCCAGUGUCCAAGGGAUGUAUUAUACGUGUUAUGCCACAGACAUUGCGGCCCAGCGAGGAAGCUGAUGAGCAGAAGUUGCGCGUGUAUAAAAAAUUUUAUGGCGAUAUUUAUAAUAUGUUUAAGAUAAUCAAUGAGAGUCACGGUUGGUCCCUGUUGGCGUUUAUGAUAAUGUAUUUCAUAUAUUUUACUAUAAACUCCUAUUGGGUAAUAUUUUCGCUAAUUGCACGAUUGAGAGAGCAUGAUACGCUCAUUAGAAAUCUAGGGUUUCUGGUGGUUGUAGUGACAUUGCUCUGGAUCUUGUGUUGGCAAAGUCAAAACAGUCAGGAACAGAGUCGCCAGAUCGGCUGUAUUAUGUUCAAACUCGUGAAACCACUGGGUAAUAAGAGCUACAACGAUUUGGUUACUGAUUUUUCAUUGCAAACUUUACAUCAACAAUAUAUAAUUACCGCAAAAGAAUUCUUCAAUUUGAAUUUAACUCUUUUGGGCAGUAUGGUUGCGUCCAUCGUCACAUAUCUGGUCAUACUUAUUCAGUUUAUGUUCGCCGAGAAGAAUAAAGCGGAUCGGAAUGCGAUACUGAGCAGCAUUGCGAAUAAUGAGAACUACACAGCAACCGGGAACAACUGA